AUGAGAGUCGAGGCCGAAGUCGAGCGUCGCGAUAUCAUCAUCUGGAUGCGUUGCUUGGUGCCGCUGGAGCAGACAACGAUGAGGGAUCGUCAGGGCAACUCGGCAGCAACUCCAGUCACGGCGACGGGGGCCAGGCAGGCGGAGUCCGGGACCAGCAUGACGGGAAUGAUCAUGCCGCGAAUGAUGAUGGCUAACGUCGAUUCGCCGUUAGGAAGGGACAGGUUAGAGGCGGAGAUGGGGAGCCGAGUUCCAUCGGCGGAGACGCGGGGGGGGGGGGGGGGGGGGGGGGGGGGGUCGCAGGAGGAACCAUCGCCGGAGAAGAAUGAGGUGGAGUCGAGUGAGAACAUCGAGGUGAGGAGAACGGAAUUGAGCUGGGAUCGCCACCGCCUAGUGAAUUAUUCGUCGCCAAAGAAAGAGGAGAGGGCGGAUCGGGAGAAAGAGACGGAGCAGAUUUGUUUGGGUCCAUCGCCUAAGAAGGAAGUCUCGCCGGAGUCGGUGGUCGAGAAGGAGUCGCCGCUGGGACUGCAGUCGGAGGUGGUCUGGCUUUUCCGCCGCCCGAGGAGCCCAUCACCGCCGAGGAAGGGGUGGACAACGAGCGAGCAGAGGAUGGAAGACGGCGGCUCAUCUCUCCUGUGCAAACCCUCGCAGCGGCCAACACUCGGGCCAGAACAGAUGACGAUGGGCCGACCAACUCAAUUUGGGUCGUGUGUGAACAGAUGGGUUCGAGCAGAGACUUGUGUUAUGCAAGAACCCUACGAUGAGCUGAACAACAAGGGGAUCAGGUGGUUCCAAGAGGAAGAUGGGCCGCGUCAAGCUUCGCGUGGGCCGACUUGUGUGUCACAAAGCUGGGUCUUGGCAGGCCAAUUAAGGGCAGAAAUUGGGCCUCACGAGGUGUUGGUGCUGGGUUGUGCAAUCUGGCAGAAGAAAAAGAAGGAUAUAGUGGCCUUAACCACUAUAGUUGGGCCGAGCCUUUUGGAUGGAGUUGGGCCGGACCCAACUGAGGAAAUGAAGGCUGCUGGAGUCAUCCUGGGCCCGACAGAUCAGUUGAGCAAGCAAAGUUUAAGAGUUAAGUGGGCCGAGCAAGGGAUUGGGCCGAGCAGAGUCUUUAGUUUUCAAGGAGCUUAUGGGUUGGGGCCUAAAGGAGAACUUGAGCCCAAAUUAUGUUGUUUAGUUGAGUCUAUCUUAUAUUAUGUGGACUUGGAAGGGAAGAAAGGUAGAUUCAUGGGCUUAGAUGAUGGGCUCCAAGAAGAAGAACUCUAG